AUGCGGCGGUGGUUUUGCUGCGCACAUGUUGACACACCGUAUCAGGAAAACGGGGAUGAGUUUCCCAGCAGUCCUGAAAGGGCAAAUGGUAAUGGUUUUACUCAAAUUGGUGAUCAUGGAAAAGCACCUCCCUCCAUUGAAGUACCUGAAUUGUCAUUUGAUGAACUGAAAGAAAAGACGGAUGAUUUUGGGUCAAAAGCUUUGGUUGGUGAGGGUUCGUAUGGAAGAGUGUAUUAUGCUGUUCUAGAGAACGGGACACAUGUGGCUGUGAAAAAGCUUGAUACUUCAGCAGACCCUGAGCCUGACAAUGAAUUUAUAGCGCAGGUCUCCGUUAUUUCUAGAUUAAAACAUGAGCAUUUUGUUGACAUGCUUGGGUACUGUCUGGAAGGAGAUCAACGCUUACUGGCCUACGAAUUUGCUACUAUGGGUUCUCUACAUGAUAUUUUGCAUGGGAGAAAGGGUGUUGCUGGUGCACAGCCUGGCCCAGCACUUGACUGGAUGCAAAGGAUCAACAUUGCUGUUGAUGCUGCAAAAGGGCUUGAGUAUCUUCACGAGAAGGUCCAGCCUUCUGUAGUCCAUCGGGACAUACGGUCGAGCAAUGUACUUUUGUUUGAGGACUACAAAGCUAAAAUUGCAGAUUUCAACCUUUCAAAUCAAUCGCCAGAUAUGGCUGCUCGUCUACAUUCUACUCGUGUGCUUGGAACCUUUGGAUAUCAUGCUCCCGAGUAUGCCAUGACUGGCCAACUGACACAAAAAAGUGACGUGUAUAGCUUUGGGGUUGUUCUUUUGGAGCUCCUAACUGGAAGGAAACCAGUAGAUCACACGAUGCCAAGGGGACAGCAGAGUCUUGUUACCUGGGCAACACCAAGGCUUGGUGAGGACAAGGUAAAACAAUGUGUUGAUCCAAGAUUAAACGGAGAGUACCCUCCAAAAGGAGUUGCCAAGCUCGCGGCGGUGGCAGCGCUCUGUGUGCAAUACGAGUCUGAGUUUAGACCUAGCAUGAGCAUUGUAGUCAAAGCAUUGUCGCCCCUUAUUAUUAAUAAACCUCAGCAGCAACCGGGAGCUCCAGACACGCCUUCAGAUACUUGA